GAAGGGGUGCUUCCAGAGCGGACUUCCAAAGCGGACUAGGACCUGUCCACCGCGUCCACCGCACCGCUGGGGACACCCAAAUUGCAAGUGGUCCCAGACAAGGGCCAAUUUCUCGUUUAUAUUUCCAUCGCCGCCGUCCCCCCCCUCCAAGAAGCCAUCGUCGUCGGAAGCUACGGUGGUUGGACAGGAAAUUCGGUGGCCCGGUGCGAUCUUAUCUAACCCCUCCUACCCUUCAAAGGCUCCUUCAAUCCCAAGUUUCUAAAUUCAAUAUCAUCCCAACUUUUAUAAUACCCAUCCUGCCCCGCGCCGGCUUCCGCGGCUAGUCCCCUCAGGAUCCCUCAACUUAGGAUCCCACUACUCCGUAACCAUGACGUCCUUCUCCCUUACGGGCGCUGCCCCCAACAAACUCACCAAGACCAGAGGCGCAAAGGUGGUCAAGCCAAUUCUCAAAAAGUUGUCGUCGUCGCCAAAGAACUCGCUGGACUUGAACCGUGGAUGGGAUGAGCAGCCGGUGGAUCAGCUCGACAUCGACAACGGAAACAACAGGAAUAGCGUCAACUACAGGUCCUCAAAGGAUGUCACUAGCUUUGGGUACGCCGGAGGUGUUGUAGCCGCAAAGGCAGACGAGGACAGUGUUGCCGACCUGGGUGCUACUGGAAACAACGUUCGUGUCAAGUACUCGCACGCUCGCUCUGCUUCGCAAACAUCGUCUGGCAGUGGCUCCCGAGCUUUCUGCCAUCCUUUCCAACAGACGCCGCGUACAGCUACCCCGCCGCUGUCAUAUGCCCCUUCACUCGCCUCCUUCGAUAACGGUCGUUACUCGCCUACUAUUGCAGAGACCGAAGACGAGACGGCCACUGAUUCACAGCAAGCGCAGCCGCAACCAACAAGUCACCCUAUGCAGUCGCCUCCUCCUCCUCCCGUCAGGUCCAACACUACCAGUAUCUUGCGCCAAAGGCCAUCUGUCGCCAGCUCUCGCGCCAAUUCCUAUUCCGACGCCAACUCUGCCUCAAAGGCCCUCCACAUCAACACUGGCCGAUCAACCCCCACAGACCCCCAGCUUGGCCAGAACGACUCCCCUACCGGCACUGUGGGCGGUGCUGCUUCCACUGUUGUGUCCCCGACAUCCUCGACCGGCACUCCAAUGUCUCCCCUAGGACGCACCUCGCUCGAUCUCACCUCGGGCUUCCCUCGUCUGCGCAGCCGUUCCACCGAGAUCGACUCAGCUGCCCGCCUCGAGAAGAUCCGCAAUGCGCGCCGCAAGUUCGAGGAGAAGGAGAGGGCCAACCAGGAGAAGUAUGAUCGUGAACUGAUCAAGAAGCGCGAGCGCAAGGACACCAAGGAAGCGAGCCGCAUCGAAAAGGAGUCUGCGAGAAAGAGCCUCAGCGAUCUUCCAAGGCCCUCCAUGUCCCGCAAGCCCACCGCAACCAGCAUCGCUUCGAUUACCGGCCCCACCAGGACUGCUUCGGGAUUCAGCUUCACCAAGAACGGCAGUGGCGGCUCUUCAAAGACCAGUCGUUCCAAGGGCGAUGUUACUGCUUCCUCAUUCUGGGACCGUUCUUCCACUAUCGGCCCGGCUACCAACCCUACGAGCGGCGACAACUCGCAACCAGAGAUGUCUGAGAAGCAUGGUCUUGGGUUCGCCAGUCGCAAGUACGAGAGCGUACCGGCUGACCAGGCCGCUCCCCCGGCCUUUGUCGCCAACCCCGUGGAUCAUGUCAAGUUCGAGCAGACUCGUCGCCGGUCUAGCGGACCCAAGAGGAAGACUCAGAACUACUGGCAGGAGUUUAUUCUCUGGUUGAGGACCAAGAUUCUCCGUCUGAGCGGUCGCUAAAUAAGGGACCGACUGAUUCACUCUACCCUCACAACAAAUUCUAUUCACAAGAAGCGAUCUGAACGGACGUCACAAGUCGUCCACGAGUCACGAAAUCAUCAGCUCUCAGCAUCUCAUU